AGCAUGACCACCGACAACUGGAGACGACUUCACGUUGCCGCCUUGUUGUUGCUGGCACUUCUCGCCUUCAGUUGCCCGACGAGCGGCAAUCUGGCAGCUGUGAGCGUCUCCAACGAACGCUUUGCUCUGCGUCUGGCCACAAAUUUGGGAUUAUCGCAGCCGAGUGGCAAUGUGGCAGUCUCCCCGUUGCUGCUGCAGUCGGCGCUGGCACUGCUCUACGCCGGAGUCGCCGCCGAUGCGGCUGUGGCACAACAGCUGCGGGUGGCAUUGGAGUUGCAACACUUGGGAACUGCAGAGCAAGCUUUGCGUCAGUUUGAGCAAGUGAUUGCGCAACUGAAACAAUCUGCGGCAAUUGGUUGCAAGCUGCGGCUGCUCAGCGAGUUCUAUACGGCACAACGUUAUACGUUCAACUAUCGCGAUGAGUUUGUGGCACGUGCAGCGGCAUUGGGCAUCGGAGUGCAACGCCUGGACUUUGGCAAUGUGGCAGGCGUGGCACAAACUAUCAACUAUGAGUUUCUCACACGCAGCAACUUCAGUGUGGGCGAACUGGUUACCAGCAGCCUGUUGCAUGCCACAACUGGCUCCGACACGCCCCUGCUGCAUGCCUCAGCCCUGACAUUCCGCGCUCCCUGGGCCCAGGGCUUCGAUCCGCGGCAGACGCAGCGCAUCAAGUUCUUCAGCGAUCGACAGAGUCACAAACUUGUGGAUGCCAUGUUCGUGCAACAUAGCUUCCGGUAUGCCGAGUUGCCAUCGCUGGACGCAUGCCUCAUUGAACUGCCCUAUGCCACAGCCGAUCUCAGUCUGCUCAUCAUCUAUCCCAACCGCGUGGAAGGACUCGCUCAGCUAGAGAGUCAGCUGCAGAGCCUUGAUCUGCAACAGUUGAGGCAAGAGUUGAGUGUACGCAAGUUGGCCUUAACCCUGCCCAAGUUCACUUUAUUGGCACACACCGAACUGCAACUAUUGCAACUUCGUUUUAUUCACUUGCAGCUGGGCCUGGGCAAACUCUUCACAACGGAGGCACAGCUGCACAAUGUGUUCAGCUCGCUGUUGGCCAGCUCCAUGCCACACUUGACGGCCGUGCCACAUACGGCGUUGCUUGAGUUGCAAGAGGCAGGCGGCGUUGUGGAACGCACUUUUGUGGCAGCCUUCACCGAUCUAUUUCGCAGCACCCUCUCGUUGGUCAUCAAUCAUCCCUUCUUCUACGCCCUCGGCAAUGGAAAGACUCUGCUGCUGGCUGGCCAUGUGGUCGACAUCUAGUCGCCGUUGUCUAACUAAAGGUUAUCGCCUUAUCAGCGACUCAGUAAACAACAUGCCAAAGGUGAUAAAUGACGUGUAAACAAUUCAAACGAACAAGCUCAGCUGUGCUCUGAGUGAAUCGCAAUUUAAUUCUCUAAACUGAAUCCAAGUCCGAGUCUCAGUUUCAGUUUCAGUUCACAUUUAGACGCUCAACGACGCCAGUCAAAAAUAGUGUAAAGCGCAAAUUAUCAA